AUGGUUGCAGACCCUCGCAUGAGUGACGGACAGCUAGCCGCAAUCAAUGCAGCUGCAGUGACACGGGAAUACCGCGUCCAACCACACCUUGACUACCGCACUGUUUCUGCGAUCAAUGGCCCACUUGUGGUGCUUGAUAAUGUCAAGUUUCCUUCAUACAAUGAGAUCGUGCAGCUAACUUUACCCGAUGGAUCGAAGCGAGGCGGCCAGGUUUUGGAAGUUCAAGGAAAGAAGGCGAUUGUUCAGGUGUUUGAAGGCACGUCAGGGGUGGACGUCAAAGCGACGCAUGUCGAAUUCACAGGAAGCAGUAUGAAGUUACCUGUGGCCGAGGACAUGCUUGGUCGUAUCUUCAACGGUUCUGGAAAUCCCAUUGAUCAGGGUCCAAAAGUGUUUGCUGAGGAUUACUUGGACAUUAAUGGAUACCCAAUCAAUCCUUACUCGCGCAUAUAUCCUGAGGAAAUGAUCCAGACUGGAAUUUCGACAAUUGAUACGAUGAAUUCAAUCGCACGUGGGCAAAAGAUUCCUAUUUUCUCUGCUGCUGGUUUGCCGCACAACGAGAUCGCAGCCCAGAUCGUACGUCAAGCCGGUCUAGUGAAACGUCCCACAAAAGACGUCCAUGAUGGCCACGAAGACAAUUUCUCUGUCGUGUUCGCAGCAAUGGGUGUGAACAUGGAAACCGCACGGUUCUUCAAAGAAGACUUUGAGUCAAACGGUAGUCUCGAUCGCGUGACGUUGUUCCUUAAUCUUGCGAACGACCCCACCAUCGAGCGUAUUAUUACGCCUCGUCUUGCGCUCACUACGGCAGAAUACUAUGCAUACCAGCUGGAGAAACACGUGUUGGUCAUCUUGACUGACAUGUCGUCUUAUGCGGAUGCCUUGCGUGAGGUGCGUUCUUCGUUUUCUGCGGCUCGGGAAGAGGUUCCUGGACGUCGUGGCUACCCCGGUUACAUGUACACAGACUUGUCGACAAUUUACGAACGGGCUGGGCGAGUACAAGGACGGAAUGGUUCUAUUACUCAAAUUCCCAUUCUGACGAUGCCGAACGAUGACAUCACGCAUCCUAUUCCUGAUUUGACUGGAUAUAUCACGGAGGGACAGAUUUUUGUAGACCGACAAUUGCACAACAGACAGAUAUACCCGCCCAUCAAUGUUUUGCCAUCUCUAUCACGACUGAUGAAGAGCGCGAUUGGCGAGAAGCUUACGAGGAAGGAUCAUGGCGAUGUUUCGAACCAAUUGUACGCGAAAUACGCGAUCGGUCGCGAUGCAGCUGCGAUGAAGGCUGUUGUUGGCGAGGAGGCACUGUCGGCUGAAGAUAAGCUGGCAUUGGAGUUUUUGGACAAGUUUGAACGUCAAUUUGUUGGCCAAGGACCCUAUGAGUCUCGUACUAUCUUUGAUUCGCUCGACUUGGCUUGGUCGCUAGCUACUUCGGAUUUUCCCGAAGGAACAGCUUAACCGGAUAAAAUCCAAAGAUUAUUGGAGAGUUCUACGGUAGGAAAGCUACGAAGAAGACUAGUGAGGAAGAGGAAGGAGAAGAGAGAUUAAUUGAUAUGUAACGAUGACCGGACUCAUCACCAUUGUCAUGUACGAGAAUCUCCAUGUGAUAGGGAUGUUCCGCUGGGAAAACAAAGACGGCCAGGAUCGACGACGGUCAAGUUACCACCUAUUAUGAAAAGGAACGAGGCUAGGAUGUAUGAAAUAUAUCCGUGGUGUACGGAGCCAAUCAACGUUGAUAGCACGAGUUUUUCCGACUCGAUCAUGAUUUUGAAAAGACCAGUAAGUGGUUACAGACCGAGUGUGAGCUAGCGUGUAAUUUGUUCUACUUGAUAAUUUAAGGGAUACACGUUCAUGUGAAUUGAAUUUUUAGGAUCUCCCCUACUUAGACAGCGUGGUAUACAGCUGGCCAAGCUUUG